AUGGGGGAAAGAGCAAAAAGUCCAAAUGCUGAUCAAGAAAGAAAAGCAGACAAACAACAUAGCUCUAAUUAUUCCUCUGAGUUUGGAACUACAUCCCAGUCUUCUGGUCAGUCAUCGCCAGUUAGUCCUUCUUCACCUACAGUUACUAUGGGAAAAACUUCUAAAAAACAAGCAUCAGAUAACCAAGUAUAUUGCCAAUCCUCUAGGAAACCAAGCCCUAAGGGUCUACCAAACAAAAAAGGAGUCCAAGUGGGAAUUCGUUCCCAAAGCCUCAAUAGAGAACCACUUCGGAAAAAUUCUGAUAUUGUCACAAAACGGGUUCUUUCUGCAAGACUGCUAAAAAUCAAUGAGUUGCAGAAUGAAGUAUCUGAACUUCAGGUCAAGUUAGCUGAGCUGCUAAAAGAAAAUAAAGCUUUGAAAAGGCUUCAGUACAGACAGGAGAAAGCCCUGAAUAAGUUUGAAGAUGCAGAACUUGAAAUCUCACAACUUGUAGUUCGUCAUAACAAUGAAAUUACAGCACUCAAAGAACGCUUAAGAAAAUCUCAAGAGAAGGAACGAGCAACUGAAAAAAGGGUGAAAGAUGCAGAAUGUGAACUAUUUAGGACAAAAUUUUCCUUAGAGAAACUGAGAAAGAUCUCUGAAGCUAGACACCUACCUGAACGAGAUGAUUUGGCAAAGAAACUAGUUUCAGCAGAGUUAAAGUUAGAUGACACUGAGAGAAGAAUUAAGGAAUUAUCGAAAAACCUUGAGCUAAGUACUAACAGUUUUCAACGACAGUUGCUUGCUGAAAGGAAAAGGGCAUAUGAGGCUCAGGAUGAAAACAAAGUUCUUCAAAAGGAGUUACAACGACUGUAUCACAAAUUAAAAGAAAAGGAGAGAGAACUGGACAUAAAAAACAUAUAUUCUAAUCGCCUGCCAAAGUCCUUUCUAAAGAAAGAAAAAGAAAUUACACCAAGGAAGAAUGCUGCAUGCCAGAGUGAUUUUACAGACUUGUGUACAAAAGAAGUACAAACCAUUGAAGAUUGUGAGUUGGAAGAAUUACCUGUAACACCACAAACAAUGAUGAUUUGUGAAAAUAAAUGGGAGGAACCAGAAUGUCUUACUUUGGACUUGGAAUUCCAAGAGCAAGAUAAGCAUGAAGAAGCAGGGAUUCUAAACCCAAUUGUGAACAAAGAAGAAAAAUGCAUUAAAGAUCAAGGACUGCAAAUUGCAAAACAGGAGAUAGAGAAACUAAAGAAUGAGUGGGAAAGAGAAGAACUUAAUGAAAAGCAGAAAGAGGGAGAAGAGGAGCCUGAGUUGGAGACUAGAAGCUACCAAAUGGAAAUGUAUGAACUUCAAAGUAUUGAUAAAUUGGAAGAGGAAGAAGAAGAAAGACUGAAGAGAGAAAUGCUACUUGCUAAACUGAAUGAAAUCAACAGAGAACUUCAAGAUUCUCAGAAUCUAAAAUGUCCUCUUUUGCCAUUAAUACCUGAUUUGGGAUCAAAACUGCAUUCCUCAGAGAAAAUCUCCAAAACAUACAUGUUCUCUGAAUCCUCAGAGAGAUUAUUUAAUGGGCAUCAAUUGCAAGACAUAAGUUUUUUUACUCCAAAAGGAGAGGGUCGGAAUUCAGGAACUAUUAGAAGUCAUAUCUCUCCAAAUGAGAUUGCAUUUGGUAGCUAUGUGCCUUCAUUUGCAAAAACACCAGGGAAGUCAAAUCCAUUUAGCCAAAAAAGUGGCCUUUUGGAUUUAAAAAAAAACAGUAUGGAAGACCUUAGUAAAGACAAUGCAGAUUUCAUUGCAAGAAAAGAAAAAAAAGCCAAUCUGAUGGAACAGCUAUUUGGUACUAGUGGCAGCAGUCCCAUUUCCUCUAAAAGCAGUGACCCAAAUUCUCUGGCUGCCAGCAAAGGAGACUUUGAGUCUCUAAAUUUUCUCCCUGGAGAUAAAAGCAGCAGGGGUAGAGAACAUGAUGAAGAUGAAGACUAUUUCCUUGGUGAAGGAAAAAGUUUUAAUCCAAAUAGACACCGAUUAAAACAUGCAAACAAUAAACCAGCAGUAAAAGCAGUUGAUUCUGUAGAAGAUGAAAUUGAAGAAGUAGCACUGAGAUGACUGA